AUGGCGGCUUGGUUUGACCCAAACCUUCUAUUAUUGUUCUCUCUCUCUUUCUCUCCCUAUUUUUCCAGCAACCAUUUCAGAAAAUAUAACCAUCCAAACAAACUUGCAAGCAGUUCCGAAAAGAUUUCUCAGUCAAGACAGUAUGCGGAUUACAACAAAUACAAUAAAAGCCCUGAUCGCCGCAGCCGCCGCGAAAAGUCUGACCGUAAACGUAGCCGCAGCCGAGAGAAAAAGAGCAACCGUGACAAAGAACGCAGGCGAAGUCAUACUCCGAGCCCUCCAAGUAGGAGCCGGGAAAGGUAUGCAGGUAGUGCCAAGCGAAGUAGAAGUCGCUCACCGUACAAGGGUCGAGGUGCACGUGGAGAGAAACCGUACCGGCGUAGCAUGAGCAAGAGUCCGCUGCGGUCUUAUGAAUUUGUCAGUGUCAUUGAUUUCCAGUCUUCUAUAAGGAUUUCUUAUCUUAUAUGGAAGUUAGGAUUGGUUCGUGAUGUACGACUUAUCACUGAUAACAAAACAAGACGAUCGAAAGGCAUUGCUUAUGUGGAAUUUGUCGAUGUGGAGUGUGUGAAUAAGGCAUUGGCCUUGACUGGUCAGCGACUGUUGGGUGUUCCCAUAAUGGUACAGCCAUCACAAGCUGAAAAGAACAGAGCAGCCAAUGCAACAGCCACACUACAGAAGGGCACCUCAGGACCCAUGCGCCUCUACGUUGGUUCAUUACACUUCAACAUCACAGAAGAGAUGUUACGAGGAAUAUUUGAGCCAUUUGGCAAGAUUGAUGACAUCAAAUUAAUCAAGGAUCAUGAGUCUGGCAGACUACAGGGCUAUGGAUUCAUCACAUUCCAUGAUGCUGAAGAUGCAAAGAAAGCCCUUGAACAACUGAAUGGCUUUGAACUGGCUGGUAGACCUAUGAAGGUUGGUCAUGUAACUGAGCGAACCGCUGAAAAUCAGGUGGCCUCUAUACUGGACAGUGAUGACAUGGAUAGGGCUGGAAUUGAUCUUGGUGCUACACGCAGACUUCAGCUUAUGGCCAAGUUGGCUGAAGGUACUGGCUUCCAGAUCCCACAAUAUGUGGCCAAUGCCCUCAACAUGAACUCAUCCGGAGACACUGCUACACCACCACCAACUCCAGCUCCCAAUCUAUCUACCCAGUCACCAACGCCCAUGCUACAAGCCAGUGCUGCUGCAGCUGCUGCUGCUGCUCUUGUCAAUCUAACCAGUACAGCACCAGUUGGUGUUACUUCUGGUGCUGCCAGUGGAAGUAUUGCUGGUGGUGGAGGUGGUGGCAGUGGAGGCAUUGGUGGUGUCGGUGCUGUUGGCACUGUUGGCAGUGUUGGUAGCGUUGGUGGCGGUAGCAGCAGUGGUACAGGUAGCGGUACUACCACCAGUCAGCCCACACAGGCUGCUAAUGGACCACCGAUCCCCACACAGUGUUUCAUGUUGGCUAACAUGUUUGACCCUUCUUCGGAAUCCAAGGUGAACUGGGAUCAAGAGAUCCGAGAUGAUGUCAUUGAGGAGUGCAACAAACACGGCGGUGUAGUGCACAUCUAUGUGGACAAAGCUUCUGUACUGGGUAAUGUCUAUGUAAAGUGUCCCAAUAUUGCAGCAGCAGUCGCAUCUGUCAAUGCGCUGCAUGGCAGAUAUUUUGCAGGCAAGCUGAUAACUGCUGCGUAUGUGCCACUGCCCAACUAUCAUGCUUUGUUUCCAGAGGCAGUCCGUGCAAACCAACUCCUAUUGCCCUCCACUCAGGCUCUCCAGUACAGUUACGGGACGGCACUCUACCCUGGAAUGCCUCCCAAUAUUUCACGGUGAUCCACGCUCAACACCACCACCACCAC